AUUUAAAUUACAUUCUUUAUUAGUUAUAUAUGUAAUUAUAUAACAACAAAUUGAUUGUGAAAUGCCUGACAGUGAUAUUGGUGAUUGGUUUCGUUCCAUUCCAAUAAUUACAAGAUGGUGGUUUGGACUGUCCAUUGUGUUUCCUCUUCUUGGGAGAAUUGGUCUGUUGAAUCCAUACUAUAUGAUACUUGACUUUUCUUUGGUUGCUUACAAAUUUCAGAUAUGGCGUUUGUUUACAUCAAUCGUGUACUUUCCACUGAGUCCAAAUACUGGUUUUCAUUAUCUUAUCAACCUUUACUUUUUGUAUAAUUACUCUACAAGAUUAGAGUCGGGCGUGUUUGAUGGCAGACCUGCAGAUUAUUUAUUUCUGCUGAUAUUUAAUACGAUAUCAUUAAUUUUUUUAGGAUUUGCAAUGAAAUUAAUGUUGUUGAUGGAUGCACUAAUUUUAAGUGUGUUGUAUAUAUGGUGUCAAAUAAACAAGGACCAGAUUGUCCAAUUCUGGUUUGGAACACAGUUUAAAGCAAUGUAUUUACCUUGGGUUCUUGCAGCAUUUAAUAUGAUACUUGGACAAGGAGGCGUAAUGGAAAUCACUGGCAUAUUUGUUGGUCACUUGUACUUUUUCUUAAUGUUUAAAUACCCACAGGAUUUUGGAGGACGAAGGCUGCUCUCAACACCCAGUAUACUGUACAACUAUUUACCAAACAGACGAGGGGGUGUAUCUGGGUUUGGACAAGCACCACAAGCACGAAGACAACCAGACGGCAGAGGAGGCUUUCCUGGUGGCGGUCAACGAUUAGGCGAUAAUUAAUUUUCAAAACUAAAUUUUAAGUUUUUGAGCUGUUGCGUAUCUGCUUCAUGCCCAGUGAAAACAGCCCUACCAUAUUUUUAAGCUUAACAUUUUGUCUCUUAACCUCAAUGGCUUAUUUUUCAUUGUUAAGUCUUAUCAAUUCAUCGAAUCAUGAUAUACUCAUAUUUUGGUAUUGUAGUUUGUUAUUAAAAGUAAAAUAACACGCCGUCACUUUCAACAA